AUGGGCCAAACCAAUUCCAGACCUAAAUGUGGAAUUAUUGUGUGCAACCCUGACCUGGACAUUGCCCUCAUUCCACAACUGUGUUCAAAUAGGAUCUGUGCAGCCGUCAUGCAACAACCCACGCCGAUUUAUAUUAUAUGUGCCUACUUCCCUCCAGACGAUGAAGACGAAACAUGCAUAAAUAAGUUGGCAAACGCUAUUCAGAAAACUAACAGCAACCAGAUCAUAAUCUCUUGCGAUCUCAAUGCCAAAUCGCCGAUCUGGUUUCAUACUCGGGAGGAUAAGAGGGGAAGGCUGGUUGCCGACCUAAUGAACUUGCACGACCUAAUUUCUACUAACAUGACCACCCUCUCGACAUUUUAUACUCCGCACGCGGAAGGUUGGACUGACGUGUGCUUGGUGUCAAACGAACUCAGCCAUCGCAUCACGAACUGUGAAACCAUGCUGGUCCUAUCGGUCAGCGAUCACAAGUUCAUAGUUACACAUAUCUCAGAUAUCUUGACCUCCCUCCACUUAAAAACUCAACAAGUCAGUCGGACCAACUGUGAGUUGUGUAGGGAACUUUUUGGGCAGCAGUGGAAAAUUACAACUUUCCCUCUGUCAACAAGUAGGAGGAAUUGGACAAAUAUGCCAAUUACAUAA